GGAUUCCUCAGUACCACUUUAUAUUAUUACUAUUAGCUAUAAUACUAAAGACACUAAAGAGACGCAAAACAUUCAAGAUAGUAUAAUUUACUUUUGUUAAAAAAUAAAAAAACAAGAAAAAUAAAAAAAAGUUACUAUAGUAAAUUCAGUAUUUAGAAUCAUAAAAUGCAAAAUCCUCAAAAUAUUCAUCUUGAUUCUAUCCAAAAAACUCAACUUAUUAAUGCUAAACCAAUUAUAAUCAAUCAAUUUAACCAGAACCAUAAUUACAGUCAUACCAAUAACAGUCUCACCAAUCAUUCUAAAAAUCACCCUAAUCCUAGUAACAACACUUUAAAUAACACUCUAAAUAACAGUAACAAUAGCAUUAACAAUAUUAAUAAAAUGAGUUUUCAAUCCAAUAAUUAUUUUAACAAUACCAUAUCAAGCCCAAGAGCUGAUGCACCCUCAUCUUUUAGAAACUCAAAUUCGUUCACUGGCAAUAACUCCUUUAUAAAUCAUAUAAUCAAAGUGUCAACAAACAAUAGCAAUGCAUCUAAUGCAUCGAAUAUAAGUAAUAGUAGUAACCACUCCAAUAACUCGAAUACAAGUAACACUAGUAAUACAACGAAUAAUUCAUUAAACGAAUCAAAUUCCUUUUUCAAUAACAUUAAUAAAUUUAAAAAUACACACAAUCAUUCUUCUAUCACAACAUCAAAUUCCAAUUCCAAUAUCAAUUCCAAUAUCAAUUCCAAUUCCAAUUCUCAUUCAAAGUCAAAUUCAAAUUCAAAUUCAAAUUCAAACUCAUUUUCUCAUUCAAGUUCUUUUUCAAAUUCUUUUUCUCACUCUAGUUCAAAUUCAAGUUCAAAUCUAAAUAUUCUUAAUACUAAUACUAAUACUAAUGCUAACACUAAUAAACCUAGACAAUCCUUGUUAACUUCGAAACUAUCAAAAUCAAUUCAAAAUCAAAAUCAAAAUCAAAAAGAGAAUAACAACACUAAUGUUAAUAACAGCAUCAACUCAGUGUAUAGCUAUCAUCAUAAUCCUCCAAAUGUAAUAUCGUCAUCUUAUUCAAACAACUCUACUCUUAGUCUUCAUAAUAACAAUACUAGCAAUACUAAUGGGUUCAUCCCAUACUUUGAUAAUUCAAAGAAAAAUGGAUUUGUUAUACCUCAAACUUCUCAACCAACUACUAAUACAACCAACAUUAACGUAUCAAUGGAGACAAACGAACCUUCUUCUUCUUUAAACUCAGCGUCUUCCUCCAAGACACUAAUCCAAUCGACAAUUUCCAAUAACAAUACGAACAAUCCCAAUAAAACUACUACUAAUAAUAAUAAUAACAAUAAAAUAAGAUCAAAUAUAAUCACUCAACACGCAAGAUCGUUAUCUUCGCUUUCUUCAGCUGCUUCGUCUCAAAAUUUAAAUUCAAACCAAAAUAACUACGAUCCUAACAUCAAUCUUAAUGGUAACCAUGCUAAUAACACUGGCGGCAGCAGCAGUCAAUACCACUUGAACAUCGUUGAUUUCCCAACCAACGAUUUGUUACUAAUGUUGGCGGCUUUGUUGGCAAGAAUUGUUGAAGCUAAUGAUGCAAUACAUCCGAACCAUUUCAACAAGAACCAUACCGACGACGAUAGCGAGCAUAGUAAUAAUAGCAACAGUAGUCUGAAAAACAGUGGAUACAACCACGACAAUUCCAACAGCAAGUUUAACAGUCACAAGCAAAACAACAACGACGACAGAAUAAGUAAUCUUAAGACCAAUGUUUUGGCGUUUCAUGGGAAGAACGUUCCGUCGAUUUCAAUAUAUAGUUAUUUACAGAGAAUACUGAAGUACUGUCCAUUGACAAACGAGGUGUUUUUGAGUUUGUUGGUCUACUUUGACAGAAUUGCUAAGAAAGUGAACAAUGCGAACAGUAGCAAGGAGAGCCUGAAGAGUAAAGAGGCCAACGAGCAGGAGAAUGGGCUUUUGAAGGACGACAAAGAGGUUGAUGCUGAUGGAGAUGUGGACAUUGGCGAGGACGAGCACAGCGAAGGUGGAAGCCAGUUGUUUGUGAUGGACUCGUACAACAUCCAUCGCUUGAUCAUCUCAGGCAUCACAGUGUCGUCCAAGUUCUUCUCAGACGUGUUCUACAAAAACUCGCGAUACGCCAGGGUGGGAGGAUUGCCCAUCGACGAGUUGAACCACUUGGAGUUGCAGUUCUUGUUGUUGAUGAAGUUCAAGUUGAUGAUCCAGGUAGAGGAGUUGCAGAAAUAUGGCGACUUGUUGUUCAAGUUCUGGAAGCGCGAGCAGAUGAAGGGCUCGUCUUUUGCAGCACACUGAGCUCUGUAGUUGUAUACGAUUCUUUUGAUCCCUUUGAUUCCUUUGAUUUGAUUCCUUCAAUUUGGUUCUUUUGAUUCGUUUCGUUUUCCUCCAGCCCCUUCUUCGCCACCCAGG